UUGGAGCGCAUGCGCGAGCGGUUUCUGUACCGCUGAGCUGUGUGUGUGACCUCUCUGGAUACUGGAGCGCUGGCCUGGCUUUAUCAGCGGUAAGAAAGAACCGCAAGGGUGGAGCAGGGCAGAGGGAAUUUGCGGGGCCCCUUCCAAUAUGUCGGGGCACAUUGGUUUGGCGAGUAAGGUCAGCCAUCAUGCCUGGAUCCCUUCCUCCAAACGGUGAAAGCUCUUGGCCCAAAGACGUGGGUAUUGUUGCCCUAGAGAUUUACUUCCCGUCCCAGUAUGUCGAUCAAGAAGAGUUGGAGAAAUUCGAUGGGGUCAGUGCUGGAAAAUACACCAUCGGCUUGGGACAGUCCAAGAUGGGCUUCUGCUCGGACAGAGAAGACAUCAAUUCUCUGUGUCUCACAGCGGUGCAAAGACUAAUGGAGAGGAACAAUCUGUCUUACGACUGCAUAGGCCGACUGGAGGUGGGAACAGAGACAAUCAUUGACAAGUCCAAAUCUGUAAAGACUGUCCUGAUGCAGCUGUUUGAGGAAUCGGGGAACACCGAUGUGGAAGGCAUCGAUACAACAAACGCAUGUUAUGGAGGCACGGCCGCUCUCUUCAAUGCCGUCAACUGGGUGGAAUCGAGUUCUUGGGAUGGACGCUACGCGCUUGUGGUUGCUGGAGACAUCGCUGUGUAUGCCACGGGAAGUGCCAGGCCAACCGGAGGAGCCGGAGCCGUUGCCAUGCUCGUGGGGCCAAAUGCUACUUUGGUUUUUGAAAGAGGUCUGCGUGGAACACACAUGCAACAUGCCUAUGAUUUUUAUAAGCCAGAUAUGGAAUCGGAAUACCCCGUUGUUGAUGGAAAGCUUUCAAUACAGUGUUACCUCAGCGCAUUAGACCACUGCUACUCUACGUACCGCAAGAAAAUCCAUGCCCAGUGGCAGAAAGAGGGAACUGAGAAACCCUUCACUUUGAAUGACUUUGGAUUCAUGAUCUUUCACUCGCCGUACUGCAAACUUGUCCAGAAAUCCUUCGCUCGGUUGCUGGUGAAUGACUUCAUCAGUGAUUCCAACCCAAAUACUGAGAGUGGAGUGUACGUUGGCCUGGAUUCAUUUAGAGAUUUAAAGCUGGAAGAGACUUAUUUUGACAGAGAUGUAGAAAAGGCAUUCCUGAAGGCCAGCACAGAACUUUUCAAUGAAAAGACUAAAACAUCUCUGCUGGUGUCUAAGGAAAAUGGGAAUAUGUACACACCGUCUGUGUAUGGAUGCCUUGCCUCUGUGCUUGCACAGUAUUCGCCUCAGCAGUUGGCUGGACAAAGGAUAGGUGUGUUCUCCUAUGGCUCAGGCUUUGCUGCCACUUUGUAUUCUCUGAGAGUUUCACAGGACGCUAUGCCAGGUUCUUCCUUGGACAAGUUGACUUCCAGCUUGUCGGACCUUAAAGCAAGACUUGACUCCAGAAAAAACGUUUCACCCAGCAUCUUUGCUGACAACAUGAAGCUCCGGGAAGACACACAUCAUUUAGCUAAUUAUGUUCCUCAGGGGUCGGUGGAUGAUCUGUUUCCAGGUACAUGGUAUCUGGUCCGUGUUGAUGAGAAGCACAGGAGGUUCUAUGGCCGCAGUUCACUCAUGAGAGAUGGACCUUUAGAUGCUGCACCUGAAUCUGUUCACUCAAGCACCGCUAAUGAGCAUUUCCCAAGCCCUGCUAAGAAAGUCCCCAGAAUCCCUCCGGCAGCAGAAGCCGAGCCCAUCUCUGUUACCAACGGGGGGCACUGAUCUUCCCUUUCAGAGGCCAAAAUGGAAGCAUCCACCUUUUUGCAUUCGUGUAAAUGGACUUUUCUUAAUUGCAGACCUGAGAAACCUGUUGGGAUUACAUUGCCAGUGCAGAAAGGCUUUGAUUUCUGCAAAAUCUUUGCAUUUUGAUCUAUUGAAAAGGGACAGCAAGAUAGAAAUGGAGAUGUGUAUUAAAUUGUUUUAAAAAAAAUCACCGUUUCAACUGGGUAAAUGUUACUGUACCCAGCUGUAAUUGGGUAACCACUAUACUAAUUUGCUGUCUGUGAUUGGAUGGCACUAAAUACCUCUAAGACUUGAUCUCUCACUCGGUUGCACUAGUGCAAUUAGUUUGAGCCAAUCAUGUUCUGGAUCACUGCAGCAAUGGCCGACACACAUGAAUUAGUACAUCAUGGGGCACUAACUAUGUACCUCUCACAUUUCGUAUUUAUCACGGCUGCCUCGAUGCUUGUUUAGUCUGUCGGCAUGUACAGAGUUGUUCUAUUUCAUCCAUCUGAAGCUUUUUAAGAUCAAGUUGGUGCUAAUGGUAUGGGCUGAAGCCCAACUAAUUUGUAAAGAAAAAUGUAGAGAAAAUAAUAUAAAAUGUAAACUUUUUUUAAAUUUAUUUGUUAAAGUGUAUAAUUUUUUUUUUGUCUUUAGAAAUCUAAAAGGAAAUUUAAAGUGGGUUUAUUAGCAGGUAACCUUUUUCUAGUGCCGAGCCAGUGAUAUCUACAACAUACACUACAAUGGAAUGGGAUUUUGGCACUUACAGUGGGGGGGACCCUGUUAUUUUUUUUCCUGCGUUUGUAAAAUACUUCUCCUCACGCCCUGCGACUUUUGUACAGUUACAGUUUUGCUAAGGAAUUCUCUAAACAAAUGUACGGUUAAAUGAUAGUAUUGCGUCCUGAGGAUUCGUGAUGUCACGUGACCGGAUGUGUGACAAUGGUUCAGUCAUUUAAGCCGAUUCCUUCCAUUCUGAAGGAACAAAAUGAAUUCUGUAAGUAAUGGAAAUGCUUUAAAAAAAAAAUAUAUAUAAUAAAGUUUUCCUUAUGGUGCAGAAAA